AUGAGCUUCUCGCUCUCAUUCUCUGAGCUGGUCAACAUUGCCAUCCCCCAGUAUGGUGUGGUGAACUUCAAGGCCCUGCAACUGGUGCUCCAUGGCAUCCUGGAGCACAUCAACAUGGCUGAGCUCAAGAAGGUCCUCUCAGGGGAUGAGGACUUCCUCCAGACCUCACAGAGCAUGUUCAUGCCCCGGGAAGGAGAUGGUCAGCCCAUCAUCCACCCCCUGAAGAGGCUGAACAACGUCUUCGACCACGUGGUGAGCCGUCUCGAGAAGGUGGAGAGCCAGCUGACCACGCUACAUGAAAUGCCUUCCACCUCCAUGCUGCUGGAUGGCAGCCAAGGGACCAACCGACCUGCCCAGGAACUGUGGCAGAUGAUAAAGCUCCGGAAGAUGGUGGAGGGCAAUGAGGAAGCCUUAGAAAAGUCUAUGAAGACCAUGCAGGAUUUGCUCACCGACAUUAAUACACUCAAGUCUGCCACUGAAACCCUCAGGAAGGAUGUGGACAUGCUGAAGGACAUGUGGAAUAAGAUACAUCCAGAACGCAUAAACACUUUCUUUGAUGAUUUAAAAGUGCAGAACCGGAAGAUGACUGUGCUGCAGCGAGAUGUGACUGCUCUCCAGAACAAGAUUAGCGCCAUCCCCAAACCUGACGACAUGGUACUCUGGAGUAGCCUCCACGAGGCCUUGUUCGCCCCGGGAACUGUUCAACAGGGAGCUGUUUCAGAACAGCUGGAAGAGUCUGAUGUGUGGAAAGUCACAGAGAAGCUCCCAGAGUCUGAUCUUCCCCAGACCACCAUGUUCCUCGAAAGUGCUCGUCCCAGCCAGAUCUCAGAGCCCGUCCAACGCCCCAGGUCCUUGGAUACUGUUUGGCAUUACCCAAUCCCUGGGCAAGUACAGAAGGAGGAGUCUGCCCACAAAGUUCCUCUCACAGGGGCCCAGGGGUUGGGCCAGCCUCAGGCGCUCGAGCCUGGGCCAGCACCCAAGCCUGGACCUGAGCCUGAUUCUAUGCCGAGGCCAGAGUCUGAGACCAUGCCUGGCCUUGUACCCAUACUAGGGCCCAGUGUGACACCUGGGUUCAUACUACCACCUUGGCCUAGGUUCAGACCAAGGACUAUGACCAGACCUGGGCCUGCAUAUGGACCUGGGGCUGCAUUUGGACCUGCCCCCGGAAUUGAGCCUUUCCCCAGACCUGGGCCUGCCCCUGGACCUGCGUAUGGACCUGAGACUCCGUAUGGACCUGGGCCUAUGUAUGGACCUGGACCUGUGUAUGGACCUGAGACUCCGUAUGGACCUGGGCCUAUGUAUGGACCUGGGCCUGCCCCUGAACCCACACCCCUUGGGCCUGGGCCUGAGUUUGGACCUGGACUUGGUCCUCCCUCUGGGCCUGGGCCUGCCCCAGGCCCUUGGCCCACACCACCAGGAUUCUGGCCUAUGCUGUCAAGAGCCGUGCUUCCUCCCAGAGGCUUGCCUGCACGUAGCAGUUGGCCUUUCUGGGGCUUAGGUCACUUCCAGCCUGGCCCAGGCCAAUUGGACCCCCAGGGCUUCAGGGCCCCACCACCAGCCUUGGAGCCUGGCUCAGCCUGGCCUUAUACACAGCAGCCACAGGGUCGCGAGGCAGAGAUGCACCAGCUCCCAUCUCUCUCAGAAGGUAUGGAAGAAGAUUCUUCACAGUCCAAGAAAGUCUCUCAGGAUGGAACCCCUGCUGCUCAGACCUCCAAAGAAGUACCCCGUAAGAGUGCCCGGACCGCCCUUCAGCGGAUGAAAACUACUGCUGCCAUUGCAGCUGCUGCUGCCGCCGCCUAUGCGGCUGCUGCGAGCUCAGCAGCCCGGGCAGCCGAGAGCGCAGCCCUGGUCGUCAAGGAUGCCCCUGCCACUAAACUGGCCUCUGUAGCAACAAGCAUGGCCGCAGCUGGACCCUUAGGGGUCUUUGCAGAUGUUGUGGGUGCUGGGUCUUCCCGUGGGGCCUUACCCACCACUGAUGACACCGAUAUGAUCUAUGAAGAGUUCUUCACUUCUCCGCUUGCUGCUCCCUUCGUCGCUCCUGAAACCCGCCUGUCCCAGGCCAUGCUGGUCGCCAAACAGGCUGUAACCCCAGAAGACAAGAAGAAGGCCGUCAAGUAUUCCAUGAGCCACAUAGCCCAGAUACCCAUUAGACACGACUCCCUGAAAGAAGAGCUUGACCAGCUGUCAUCCAGCAUGCAACAUCACAUGGCUCAUCUAGCUGAUAUGGGAAGCUCUUCCAGGCUUGGGAUGACAGUGGACAUACUGCAAGAAAAGGUUGGAAACCUCCAGAAAUCCAGGUUACAGGAGGAGGAACUUGAGAGAGUUUGGGGCCACCAAAUAGCAGUGAUGAAGGAACACUACGUCAUUCUGGACAGGGCAGUGGAAAAGAUCUAUAAUCGCCUGGAGGAGUUUAAGAUUCUCCAGUCUCAAAUAAGAAACCUAGAAAUGCUCAAGGCAGACAAAAUUGCAAUGGAGCAGGAGUUAAAAGAGAAAGCUGACAAGAGCACCCUGGCAGCCAAGGCAAGCCGGGUUGAUCUGGAGAGGACGGCAAUGGAGCUGAACGAGAUGAUUCAGGGCAUACUAUUGAGGAUCGUGUCCCAAGAGGAUGACUGGAAGAAGACUGUGGAUCAGCUCAGCAAGGACCUGGGCAGCAAGCUGAUCAGCAAGGAUUUGGACAGUCUAAAGAAAGACAUAAAUGAGGUCUGGCAAAUAGUCAGGAAGCUGCUAAUUGAAGGCCUCCGAUUCGACCCUGAUAGCGCUGCCGGCUUUAGGAAGAAGCUGUUUGAGCGGGUGAAAUGCAUUUCCUGUGACCGGCCGGUGGAGAUGAUGACUGGCCCACAUCUCAUCACCAUCCGCAAAGCCCACCUGCUGUCGCGGCUGCGGCCAUCUAGUGCCAACAGCUACGAGUACCUGCAGCGGCAACAGAUGAGGGAACAGCAGCAGCUCCAGCAGCUCCAGAACCUUGGAGACCGGAACUGGCAUGACGGUCCUGGGAAUGAUGCCAACCUCAAACUCAAGUCAUAUAACUUGACAACACUCUAUCCCUAUGGGGACCCCGAGAUGUUGGACUAUGAUACCGCCGAGGUGGACAUCCUGGGAGUGGAUGGGAUCCUGUACAAGGGCCGAAUGGAGAACCAGGAAGGGGCACGGCCACUGACCAGCGUGGAGAAGGAGCUGGCUGCUGUAAAGGUUCCACGUCCCCCGACUCGAAACCUAUAUGAGCGCCUUGGUGUCAUCUGCCCCCCCCUGCGCUCCAGUGCCAGCAUCCGCUCAGAGACUUCAGGCCCCCACUCAACGACACCAGCUCAGACUCCAUCUCUGCCACCCUUGCCAUUGCUGCCUCCGCUGAUGCCAAACCUGCAGGACCCCCAGCAGGCCUCAGGGUCCACCAGGCAUCCAAGGCCUCAGCGCCUCUAGUCCCGAGCCAGCACGCAGCCCACCUAGGAGCCCGACCACCCGACUGUGUCCAUAUGGGGCCAAGCUCUUCCUGACCCAGGUGUAUGCCGCCUGGGCAGACACUGGCGCUGAAGCCCCAGCCUCCAUCCCCACCCACCCCCUAUCACAGAUGAGUAUUUUUGGCAACUCCUCCCCAGAAUAAAAUCU